AUGAGAAAUCAGACAGGGUUAGAGCACUUGAAGAAAAACUCGGAAAGCCAACGUACUCUGAUGCAACCAGAAGAGCUAACUCCGUCGGACCAGCCUCAGCAAGACCUAAUGCAAGAAGAUCAAGCAUUAGAUCCGUUACCACCGACCAUAACGGCAGACAAGGAGAGACUCUUGAUGACCCUGCACAAAAACAACUUAUGCAACUGGCAAAAAGCGCAAGAAUUGAACCCAAACAAUACCAGAGCGGUCACGCCUUAUCCCAGCUUGUGGAAGAACAGUCACAAUUCAUUGACAAUCCUCUUGGGCAAGGAAGAAGUACUGAAGAGAUCACUAGGGUGGAAUCCUUACACCGAAGAGACAAAGCUCCGCGCAAGAACGAACAGCAGGUUUAUAGGAAAGAACCCGAUUCAAGCGCAAAAGACAAACCUCCCAGAGGAACCGUCCCAGUCGACUUCGUCAUCAGGACCCAGCCAAACAAACCAUCAGAAGAAACAAGCUCAGCUGUACGAGAAGCCAGCCCACGUGGAAGAAGAAUCCAACAACAUGCAACAGAUGUUGGCAUUCAGCAGAGCUUACUACCAAGCUGUGAAAGGGAUCAACAAAUCCCAGAACAAGAAGAAAGGCAAGAUGUCAGCGAAGUUCAACAAGAACCACCAACAACCACCGCCUGAAGCGUAA